AUCAAAGGCUACGGCUCGUUUUCGGGACCAAAGGUUGACUAAGAAUAGCAGUUUAUAUGGGCUAUGCUCUUCCCUCGCUUGCCUCGCCCCAAAACCAAGAAAAUCUCUUCGGGGUUCACGCAGUGUACUGGAUCCAAUUUGUGAUUGAUGCGAGCCGAUUUCCCGUGGGGGCAAAAGUGUAGCCCAAGGCAGUCGUGGAGAGACGCAAGAUUACAUUCAUACUGGUGAGCCUUUGCCAAAACACUGCCUCACAGGAUCCAUCCCCGAUAAACCUGCACUGAGCACCGACCGCGUAAUCUAGACAGGUAGUGGACACCUUGCGCGAGGCACAGGGAAAAUUGAGGUUGCCUACCUUACUUUAUUUCUCACCAACUUUGCGGAUUUCAGAACCAAGGGUCGGUAGGUCGGCAUUAAAGAGGUGGUGUGGUGCAAACGUCAUUUGUUGCAGACAAAGAGUGCAAUAACUUUGUAGCUUCCCCCCGAUUUCCAUCCCGCUACGACACCAACUCAUGCCUCGAGGUCAAAAACAGAAAAGACAGACCCUCUCCCGAACAACAGCAAAUCACUAUUGAACUAAAUUCCCGAUCAUUCAUGUCAUCCGUGUCUGUCAAUCCGAAUCUGCGACACUUCAUCUCAUCUUCCUCAGACAUUGUCGUCAACCUGUACUACGUACGAGCCACUCGUCCGUUACCCCGCCCCACAUCUUAAAGUUUGGCCGGGCGCAACCUUUCAGCCUUUCAGGCACAGUGAGGGGCUUUUCCGACCAGCUUUAGCUUGGAGCAGUUACUUGCUAGUGCUACGUAUUGGGGAAGGAAAGCUGCACUCAGUCUUGCUUGAACCAGCUAGAUCGCGUACAAGACACAACAACCAUUCCAGGGCACGGAAAAAGGUAGCGCAAGCAAUAGCUUGACUGCAUGCAGGCGGCAGCCAUUGGAAGUGUGGAAGAAAUCUGCAGAACCUUCGGCUCGGUGACCGAACAGAAACUAACCCUCGACAAUGUCGGAAGCCGGCGAUAGCUCACACAAACGAUCAAAAUCCAAGUCGUCCGCCCGCCUUUCGAUACUUCGUCGAAAAGAACGGAAAAGCGGCGACGAGGACGACGGCAUCUCCGACGACGGCUCCUCCCUGGGCCAAACCCAUCAGUCACGAAAUUCGACUAGCCUCGCGCCACCUCUGACCUCAAGCCUCUCGCAGACAUCUACAACAAUGUCGUUGCAACAAUCCAUCGCUCCUCCCUCCUCUAGGGGACAUACUAGAGUAUCCUCGACAAGUAUUCCAUCCUACCAACAGGGCCCAGCAUCUGCAUCCAAGUCCAACAUGACACUGGUCGACAAGGCUGCAUCCCUAGAACAAUCCGUACGAAAGUUUCGCGUGGUCGAGGCCUUGCGCAACGGCGACUCAGCAUCAAUCUCCAAAGCCAUCAGGGAGUCGGCAGAUGGUGGCCGGCGCGGUAGCACCGUGUCCUUGACGGGUGGGAGUGGGUUAAUACUCGACGACACGACGGUUCUGCAUCUUGCCAUUCAGUGCGCGGAGCUCACAGUCGUCGAAUACGUCCUCUCUGACGGCGCCGGCUACAUUGACAUCAACUCGCGCGACAAGGAUGGAAACACCCCGCUUCACAUCGCAGCCCAGCAGGGCCGCACGCAGAUUGUGCGGAUGCUGCUCGAGCGAGAGGGCAUCAACGAUUCCAUUGCGAACUUCCAGGGACGUCUCCCGAUCGACCUCGCCCGCAACCCUGAUAUUUUCCAGCAGCUGCAGCUGUCACGGUCCAUCUUUGUGGAUGAAAAGGUCAAGGAGGUGCAGCAGCUCAUCGCGGCCAGCGACUAUAAGAAGUUGGAGGAGCUACUCGAGGAGCCCCGGGUCAAGUUGGUCCUCGACAUCAACGGCACCGAAUUCGUCUCCGAUCCGAUCACCUCCCAAUCGGGCGGAACGCUGCUCCAUGAGGCCGCCAGGCGCAAGAACAACAAGCUCAUCCAGGUGCUACUCCUGCACGGGGCUGACCCCUUCCGCAGAGACCGCAAGGGCAAGCUGCCCCAGGAUGUGACCAAGGACGACGUCACCAGGGCCAUGCUCAAGAAGUCACCAGCCGCAGUUGCAGCCCAGCGGGGCAUCCAGGAGAAGACGGUUCUCGGCCAGGCCGCGUCCCAAGGCGUGGCGUCGGCAUCCCCUGGGGACCCGUUGGCAGGUCGCGAGGCUCGAGAGAUGAAGGGAUACCUGAAGAAGUGGACAAAUUACCGCAAGGGCUAUCAGUUACGCUGGUUCGUACUCGAGGACGGGGUGCUUAGCUAUUACAAGCACCAGGACGAUACCGGCUCUGCAUGCCGUGGCGCGAUAAACAUGCGGAUCGCUAGACUGCACAUGAGUCCGGACGAAAAGACCAAGUUCGAGAUUAUUGGAAAGUCGUCUGUUAAGUACACCCUAAAAGCGAACCAUGAGGUUGAGGCCAAGCGCUGGUUCUGGGCCCUGAACAACUCGAUCCAAUUUUCCAAAGACCAACAGAAGGAAGAGGACCGCCAGCGGGCUCGCGACGCUGAGCUACUGGCUCAGGCCAAGGCGGGGCACAACCACGGUGGCUCGAUCGCCGGGGAUGUUUCUGAGGCUGCUAGUGUGGCGGAGUCGAAAUCGAGGACAAGCCUCCAGAUAAACAGGAUGCAGUCAACCGCUUCGCACCGGCCUAGCGAGAUGGGUGCUAGCACUGCUGGUAGCGAGGCUGGAGACGCUCCUGUGAACGACGGGGGAUUUGAGAACGAAGGCGGGAAAGGUACUGGUACAGCGCCAACCAUGUAUGACACUCUUGACGAUGACGACGACGAAGACAACAACUCGAGCGGGGCUGGUGGACAGCCGCCGGUGACCAAGGAUGCGUUUAACAUCACGGCGCAAUCAGCCCGCCUACAGCUGGAGACUCUUGCUUCGGUCAACGCGGCCAUGAUUGCCGAGUCUAGCAAGCAGUCAAGCCUUUCUCUAUCAGACCCACAGGUGACGCAGGCAUUGCAGGCAUACGAUGCGGCUGUCCGUUCACUGACGGGGCUGGUCGGUGAUCUUCUACGUAUCUCGCGGGACAGGGACGCAUACUGGCAGCACAGGCUGGACCGCGAGGCGGACAUGCGGCGAAUGUGGGAGGAUAGCAUGGCACAGGUUGCGCAGGAGCAGGAGGAGCUCAAGGCGAGGGUAGGAGAGGCGGAGGAGAAGAAAAAGGCUGCAAAGAGAAUCCUUAAGGAGGUUAUUGCUUCCGGCGGGCUCGAGGAGAAGGCCGCCGCAGGGUUGGGCAUCGACUCGUCGCCGGCGCUAAUUCAGUCCGAGGCUGUCGAGGUUAAUGCAAAUGAUACCCCUAAGCCUGCAGCUGAUGCAGCUUUUACUCGCGCAAAGUCGCCCGUUCUUAGCAUUCAGCGACGGCAGACGGCGCUUGCGCAGGUGGCCGACUUGUCAGACUCGGAAACUGAGGACGAGGAUGAGUUUUUUGACGCCAUUGAUGCCGGUGAAGUCGAGUUUGAUCCCGCUAUGCCACCCUCUGAGACGUCGCCUACUGAGGAGAAUAACAAAAUAGUUGUCUCCUCCGGUGUCGAUAUCAGCAGCUCAUUCAAGGGUUACGAAAACGGCAUAAGGACGAAGCUCAAGAUUGAGGCUGACAACAGGCCAAAGAUCUCACUCUGGGGAAUUCUCAAAUCAAUGAUUGGCAAGGACAUGACCAAGAUGACUCUGCCUGUCACCUUCAACGAACCCACAUCACUAUUAUAUCGCUGCGGUGAAGAUAUGGAGUAUGCGGACUUACUCGACCUUGCCGCUGAGCGAUCCGACUCUAUCGAGCGGUUGGUGUAUGUGGCAGCUUUUGCAGCUUCCGAGUACGCUUCGACAAUCGACCGAGUGGCCAAACCGUUCAACCCGCUUUUGGGCGAGACGUUCGAGUACGUCCGGCCUGACAAGAAUUACCGUUUCUUCAUCGAGCAGGUCAGCCACCAUCCGCCUGUGGGUGCUGCAUGGGCCGAGAGCCCGAAUUGGACCUACUGGGGUGAAUCUGCGGUCAAGUCCAAGUUCUACGGACGAUCAUUUGAUGUCAACCCACUCGGAACUUGGUUCCUGAGAUUACGACCCAAGUCGGGCGGCAAAGAAGACUUGUACACGUGGAAGAAGGUCACCACCAGUGUGGUUGGCAUCAUGACCGGCAAUCCCGUAGUGGACAACUACGGGCCUAUGGAGAUCAAGAACUGGACGACGGGCGAGGUUUGUCACCUCGAAUUCAAAGCACGCGGGUGGAAGGCGUCGUCAGCGUAUCUGAUCAGCGGCAAGAUUGUGGAUGCGGACGGGCGGGUGCGGGUCAGCCUGGGCGGACGAUGGAACUCACGCCUGUACGCGCGACUGACACCGGGGUACGAGGCGACAGUUGAGGAGCCUAAGAACGCCGACACGGUCGGGGUAUACCGUGGUAGCAUGACGGACACGAACAAGGCGUUUCUGGUGUGGCAGGCAAACCCGCGGCCCAAAGACAUACCGUUCAACCUGACGCCGUUUGUCUUGACUUUCAACCACAUCGACGACAAGUUGGAGCCCUGGCUGGCGCCGACGGACUCGCGACUCCGUCCGGAUCAGCGAGCCAUGGAGGAUGGACGGUACGACGAAGCCGGUGAGGAGAAGAACAGGCUCGAGGAGGCGCAGCGGGCGCGCAGGCGGAAGCGUGAGGAAAAUGGCGAAGAAUUCGUGCCCAAGUGGUUCGAGAAGGCGCGGUGCGAGAUCACAGGCGAGGAGUACUGGCGGUUCAACGGCGGGUACUGGGAAGCCAGGGAGCGGGUGGCCGUCGAGGGAAAGAAGGCGUGGGAGGGCUGCGAGCCGAUUUACGAAGAUGCUUCGUAAUGUGUUGCGCUCGAAAGAAGUUUGCGGGUCAGGCUGUCUUUUGUGCUUUUUUUUUUUGUAAGGGCUUUUGUCUUUGGAUUAGGAGAUGUGUAUACACAGACUCAUUCUCGAUAAUAUCGUCUUGUGAUUAUUUCUUAUCGCCAGUGUUGGCAUUCUAUAUGUUAUAUACGACGGGGGCCGCGCAUGCGGAAGUGUCGGUUAAAAAAGAAAAAAAGAAGAAAACAAUGAAUGACAAACCCUGUUCGGUAAAGACCGGUAUUUGCUUUUCCC